UGUGGCAUGCUGGGAGUUGUGGUUUUGAACCUCCUGCCUAUUUCCUUCUCCUUUCCGCGGUACGCUGGGAGACGUAGUUCUUCCACUCCAGGUCCCUCCCCCUUCUCCCCCGUGCCUCAGUUCUUGUGUCAAGUUGCUCCCCCAGCUGGGCAUGAACGGGGCAGGAGAGCCUGAUCCUGGCAGCGGGGGCUACAAGAGACGCUACAGAGCCUUGAAGAGGAGGCUCAAGUUCCUGAUCUAUGAACAAGAAUGUUUCCAGGAAGAGCUGAGAAAAGCUCAAAGAAAACUCUUAAAAGUUUCACGGGAUAAAAGUUUUCUACUUGACCGCCUGCUCCAGUAUGAGAAUGUGGAUGAAGAAUCAUCAGACUCUGAGGCAACAGCCUCCUCUGACAAUAGUGAUGGGGAGAUGCCGAAGGGGACAGAGCCACAGUCGCUAAAGAGAAAACAAAGUCCCCAGCUUGGCAGUGCCUCGUCCCCUUCAUCUUCAGGCCUUUCCCUCCAGCCAACCUCUGGUUUUGGGCUCCCAGCUUCAGGGGCACCAUCCCCUUACUUGACCUCUCUGGCCUCACCCCCUUAUGCUCCCUUCCCCUCUGACUACUUGGCGCUAGGGCCUGAGACUGGCCCUCCCCAACCUGAUGCCAACGCUGGCCGUUCUGCCAGGCGGCCCCCAAGGCCCCGCAAACUCAAGCUCCCGCUGCCCCCCACCUCCCACUCUGACUGUUCAUCUGUAGUAGUGGGGUUACCCUUUCCUUCACCCCGUGGGACCCCCAAGCUGCCGCCGCCUACCAUCCUCAGCACAGUGCCCCAUCAGAUGUUCAGUGAUACAGGGGAGGGAAGCGGUGAAGACCCCUUGGAUGGAGACGAUGAAUUGGUAAUUGACAUUCCUGAGUGACGUUGGCGAGCUGCGCACCCUCUUCAAAGGACACAGGCCUCUCAGUGGUGUGCGUGGGGUUUGUGCCCACACAAAUUUUAUUUUUUUGUUUACAGACUCCAAAAAACAUGCAAACCAGUCAAUAAAU